UUUCCUGCUGCCCAGUCACCAUGAUAGGGUCUGUGAUGUUGUUGCUCUUUUUCCUCCUUCUGUUCUUCUUCAUCAGGGUCCGCCGACCUAAAAACGUCCCCCCAGGACCCCGUCCCCUGCCCAUCCUCGGCAAUCUGCUACAGCUGGACCCUGUCAACCCCCUCAAAGACCUGGAAAGGCUGAAGAGGCGCUAUGGUAACGUGUUCAGUCUGUACAUCGGAUCACGGCCUGUCGUAGUUCUGAAUGGCCUUGAGGCGGUUCGUGAGGCACUGGUGACACGCACAGCGGAAUUUUCAGGACGACCAAACCAUCUCAUGAUCAGCGACAUCACAGAAGGCAAAGGUAUUGGGUUCUUGAUCCCUAGUUUAUAUGAACUCAUACCUGCCCUGAGGGCCCUACCCUUGCCCUUCAAGAAAGCCUUCCACAUCUAUGAUGAAAUCAAAGAACAUGCACAGAAGGCUGUGACCCGCCACAAAAGUUCAAGGGUCACAGGAGAACCCAGGGACCUCAUUGACUGCUACCUUGACCAGAUUGACAAGAUUGGUGAUGGAGGCUCCACAUUUAAUGAUGUUCAGAUGGUGUUUCUACUAAUUGAUCUUUUCAUUGCUGGGACAGACACCACUUCCAACACCCUCCGCUGUGCCAUUCUACACCUGAUGACCAACCAACACAUACAGGAACGCUGUCACUGGGAAAUUGAGGACGUUAUUGAGGGACGUUCAUAUGCCUCGUUUGAGGACCGACACGCCAUGCCGUAUGUUCAAGCCGUGAUCCACGAGUCACAGCGGAUGGCUGACACUGUUCCUCUUAGCGUGUUCCAUAUGACCUCCUGCAACACGCAACUACACGGCUACCAGCUGCCCCAGGGCACGAUGGUGAUUCCUAACCUGUCCUCUGUGCUCCAUGAAGAGGGCCAGUGGAAGUUCCCUCAGGAGUUCAACCCUGACAACUUCCUCAACGAGGAUGGCGAGUUUGUGAAACCAGAGGCCUUUCUGCCAUUCUCAGCAGGCUCUCGUGUAUGCCUGGGAGAAGGGUUUGCGCGCAUGGAGCUCUUUCUGAUACUGGUGACCUUGCUUCGACGUUUCCAAUUUGUCUGGCCUGAGCAAGAAGGUGCGCCUGACUUCCGCCAGAUUUUUGGCAUAGCACAGGCGUAAAAACCCUACCGCCUGGGAGUGCGCCUGAGGAGCAGCCAGUGAUGGUGAACUACACACAGUUUUCACUUAGGGUCAAUAUCACUAAAGCAGCACAUUAAACAAUGCUGUACCCUCCAUUGAGUGCCUUAUAGUUUUUGCUAAACACAUUUUGUGACCUGUGAAGGACAGACUAAAUAAAAUGACCUAUUUUCAUGUGAAACAAAUGAACCUCCUCAACAGGUAAACAUCAUGUAACAUGUAGAAUUAUGUAAUAUUCUGCAGCCAGUCCAGAAAUAAAUGGGAUAGUGAU